AUGGACAAGGCCACGAGGAUAAGCACUAUCGCGAAGCCCGCCACGAGCCAUGGAGCGCAACACAAGGCGAGAGUAGUGUCGCUUGACGUACCACCACCAGUUCCGCCCAAAGAUCCGCCCAGACCAGCGACGAGCUCGACGACUCGAUCCGGGCCCGCGACGAGACCGAUCGCGAAUGCUACAGCGAAGCUCCAGGGUGCGACAAUGUCGUCAAGGCCAACUACCAGCUCGACAAGACCCGGCACAUCUUCCACACUCGCGGGAACCAUGUCCUCGAUACAAGGGGCGGGAUCAAAGAUCAAAGCAGGACUACGGCCGCUCAAGCUAGCAGCACUCACAUCGCACCCGACGCGCCCGAUGCCGACCAUCUCGCGACCACAGACAGCUUCCAACACGACAGUCGCGAGUCCGGUACGGCCCAUGACAAGUUCGACGCGGAGGUUUUCUCGUUCAACUACGAUGACUGGAAGAACAAUCAAGUAUGGCUCGGGCAGACACGCCACGACAGAACUUAGCCCUCAGCCGUCCGAUGAUGAGGAUGAUCCUCUGAACUGGCCUCUGUGGAAGAAGGACCUCAAUCUCUUCGCACUGCUCGUGACAGUGUGCCUCGUGAGCGCCAUGAAGACAGCCUUCAUCCCCGUCGCCGCCAAGCUUGCCAUCCAGUUCCAGGUCUCGCAUACCGCCAUUGCAUCCUUAACAGCCCUUCCCUUCAUCUUUUCGUCUAUCACAGGUCUCGCCAGCGUGACCGCUUCCAAAAUCUGGGGCAAACGUCCCGUCUAUCUCCUUUCCAUGGUAUUUCUUUUCAUCGGCUCCUUGUGGAACAUGCGCUCAACCACCUUCGGCACUGCUCUCGGCGCUCGCAUCUUCCAGGGCAUCGGCUGGGGCGCCUUCGACACGCUCAUUCUCAGCUCGAUCCACGACACGUAUUUUGAGCACCAGCGCAACCCGCGCCUCGCCGCCUACGACAUCUUGCAAGCCGCGACAGCCUGGGGGCCUCCUCUGCUCAGCGGCCUCGCCAUGCGCAACGCGGGCCGCUUCGAAAUUCAUUUCGAAAUUUUGAACCUGUUCUUCAUCGUCGCCAUCCCGCUUCUCGCCUUCGCCGCGCCUGAAACGGCGUACGACCGCUGGUUCAUCGCAACGCGCUCCCUUCCGCCCGCACGCCGACCUGGACGACGGCCCGCCGCUCGAUCGGCAAGCUUCGUCGAUAACCGGACCCUCCUGCAGGGACCCCGCGCUCUCAUCGCCCCGACCACUGCACUGCUGGCGCUGGCCACUUUCCUGCCGUACUCGGCUCUGUGGGCUAUCGCGCAUGUCGUCUCGCCGCUCACGGCCGCCAUCCUUGACGAGGCGCAGAUCGGUUUCCUCCUGUUGGCGCCCUUCCUUUGCGGCGUUUCGGCCGCCGCCCUCUUCGCUUUUUGGCGCCGCAAGGCCAGAAAGGACUUUACCCUGCUGAACCUCGUCGCGGCCCUUGGCGUCGGCACCGUCCUCGCCGCCAUCGGAAUCCUGUCAUUCGGCCUCGAGAUUCACGGCAGCCGAAACCUCUCGUUCAAGCUGCUGUCUGUGCUCGCCGGCUUCCUGGCUGUGGGUGUCUACGUGCUCAACGCCCUCGCUCGACCUGUCAUCUACCGGUCAGCGCAAUACACGAGCUCGAACUGCACGUUUGCUUGCGUAACGUGGCCGACAUGGACGCCGGGCUGGUGUGCUGGAAGAACCUGUUUGCAGCAUUUUUCAUACUAG